GCAUCGCCCAAUUCGGCGAAGUUUGCCGUUGGCCGGUAUUGUAUUUCAAGCAUAAAAUGGAACAAACCAUCUGUCAUUUCUAGCGCGAAAUUGUCUUGUUUACGUUAAAUAAAAGUUAAAAGUUGGAAUAUUAAUUAUAAAUCCGCCAUUUGUUUGUUUGUUUUUGAUUAGUUAACAACUUAAAAUUAUGCUAGCAGCUGCAUUAAUUGCUUUGGCAACUGACCAAAGGAAUAUGUUACGAGCUCAUAGACGCCAUUUAAGGCAUGCAACUGACCCAUUUCAUUUACCAGAAGCUCGGUUUGAAGAGCUUUUUCGCUUUAAAAAAGAAGCUGCAAUUGCUCUAUUGAAUGAAAUAAGUCCUUUUAUGAAAAACGGAGAAAAAGGCACUAAGGAUGACUGCAGCACUGCAUUACUUUGCAACGGGAUCGUUUUUAAGGGAUGUUGGCCAGGAUUUCGUUUGCUCUUUAAGUAAAACAAUGGUUUGUCGUUCUAUAAAAGAAGUAACCUACAUCAUAGAAGAAAAGUUGAUGUGCAAUUAUAUUAAAUUUCCAACUACACUGGAGGACCAAAACAGAAUUCGACGAAGCUUUUUUUCUGCUACUGGUUUUCCUGGGUGCAUUGGUGCUAUUGAUUGCACGCACAUAAAGAUUAAAAAGCCAAGGGCCGAUGUUGAGAGCUGCUAUAUUAAUAGAAAAGGAUAUUUUUCAAAAAAUGUGGAAUUAUUAUGCGACUACAACCUUAACAUAUUGGCUGGCAAUGCACGUUUUGGUGGUAGUACCCAUGAUGCAUUCAUAUGGGAAAACAGUAAAUGCAAGGAGUUUUUGGAAAGACAAUAUAGUCGUGAUGCAAAUACAAGUUGGCUGAUUGGAGGUUCUGGAUAUCCACUACAGCCAUGGCUAAUGACGCCGUUUCGAAAUCCGGAAACGACUGGCCAAACCAAUUUAAAUUUUUGUCAUAUUCGGGCUCGAAACUGUGUGGAAAGACUAAAUGGGGUCCUAAAUAAAGGAUUCGCUUGCUUGUCACAUGAACGUGGAGUUCUAGUUAAACCAGAUUAUGUUGGUUCAAUAAUUAACGUUUGCUUAACUUUGCAUAAUUUCAGAUUGAAGCAUAACUAUUCCCGACGUAUGCCUAAUUACAAAUUCAAAUAGGGAAGCAGACUUUUCCGAAGAAAAUCGCUCAAACGACAAUAUUUUAAACCAAGGAAGAAGGGUUCGGGAGAGCAUAGUACGAAAUUAUUUCAAUUAAUAUUACAUAACAAACCCAGUUUGUUAAAAUGAAUAUCGCUAGGUGUUAUUGGUGUCAAGGUACAUACACUGUUGGCCAUAUCUUUUUGGACCAAACUCAAAAUGAUAUUGUUGCCACUUCUAGUAAAACAAGUGGAAGUUCUUAUUGACAAGAAACGUGAAUUUCUUAUUUAAUAAAAUGCGCAAGACCGUUUGUAAAAAAAAUAAGAUACUCAGUGCUAAUUUGUAUAACAUGCGCUCGUUAUAUGAAAAUAAAAUUAUAGUUUAAAAUAACUAAAAACACGCUGUUAUU